CACGGAUGUUGACACUUGUGCCGAGACGGCUUAACGGUUUCGGUUAGUCACGGGUUAUGAAACGGUUAAUUUCUCACAUUAAACGUUAACAUUACGUCACUCAAACCGCUACAAACACCUUGCUAGCAAUAGUUGAAGAACUAUUUAAAACACUCCGAAAUACAUUAUCAGUAUAUCAGCUAAAUAUGUUAAUAUAGUUGCGAACAUUAUGUGUUUUUUAUGUCAAAUACAGCCGGUUGACAACCAGUGCGCACGCGCAGUGUUAAGAUACGUCAUAUACGUGCUUUAUGAUUGGAGAGGCGCGCACUGGAAACUGCAUGUGUCUCCAGUGCGCGUUCCCGCCACUCUACCUGUUCACGGCUGUGUAAUUAAUUAAUGAUAUGAGGCGGCAGCUGAUUGGAGGAAAGGCAGGUGUGAGCGUGAGGUUCAUACAAUCAAUGCACGUGUAUCAUUUGGCUUUGUGGCAAACUAAUCAAACAUCUUCAUACUGGAUUGGAGCACAAUUUGCAUAGGUACAGUAUGUUCUCUGCCUCACCCUCCAUGUCUUGAGGCAGCUCAUCAUGUGAUCUGACCAUCUAUCAUCUCAUAUGAUAUGCGCGUGUGUCCACAGAGGCAGGUUGUGUGUCCUGCUCCUCCGUAGCGAUGACUGCUUGCGAUAAAUCUCUCUCAGGCAUGACCAACCUCAAGCCCAAAGCAGAGAGCGAGCGUGAGGUUGACGCAGACGAGGGCCCGGAUGGAGGAUGGGGCUGGGUGCUGGUCGCCGCCCUGUUCGUCAGUACGAGCCUCGUGUUUGGCCUGAUGCGUAGUUUGGGGAUAUUCUUCGUAGAGUUUGUCCAAUACUUUGAUGAGAGCGCUCAGGCAAUCUCUUGGAUCUCGUCCACGGGCCUGGCAGCACAGCAGUUCUUCAGUCCUCUGGGUGCCGCACUAUGUAACGCAUAUGAUGCCCGGUUGGUGGUGAUGACAGGGGGCUGUCUCGCUGGACUUGGCCUCAUACUUGCCUCACAGGCCACCUGUCUUAUUCACCUCUACCUCACUAUGGGUCUGAUUUCAGGUUUGGGCUGGGGGCUGGUCUUCACUCCCAUGGUGGCCACAGUCAUGGCUAAUUUCACUCGCCGGCGCACCCUGGCGUUGGGACUGGGGUUCUCCAGCAUCGGCCUCUCCUCCUUUGCUUUCAACCCACUCUUCCAGCUGCUGGUGGAGAUGUACGCCUGGCGAGGGGCCCUCCUCAUUCUCGGGGGCCUCAGCCUCAACAUCGUGCCCUGCGGGGCUCUCAUCCGCCCACAGCGACGCUCUAAAGCCCGAGCAAAGGUGGAUUCAGAGAGCCGGUCACGUUCUGCAGUGCUGCACCGAGUCUCCAACUACCUGGAGCUGCCACUGCUCUGUGAGAGGCCUUACAUCACCUACACGUUGGCCAUCACUCUUCUUAACGUCGGAUACUUUGUUCCAUAUUUCCACUUGGUGGCCCACAGCCGUCAAGCUGGCUUCUCGGAGUACCAAGCUGCGUUUGUUAUGUCAGCUGCUGGUGCUACAGACAUUUUGGGCCGCAUAGUGUCAGGCUGGUUCUCAGACCUGGGUCACUUUCGGCUGAUUCAUUUACUGACCAUGUGGACGACACUGGCAGGAGUGUUCAUCAUGUUGCUGCCUGUGAGCUCCUUGUCCGGCUCCUACACUGCACUGAUGGUGAUCAGCCUCCUCUACGGCUUCUGCUCCGGGGCGUUGACCUCUCUGGUCUUCGCGGUAGUGCCUAUGAUUGUGGGUGUGGAGCGCAUGAUGGGGGGCCUCGGGCUGCUGCAACUUAUCGAGAGCGGCGCCGGACUGCUGGGGACGCCUCUGUCAGGCUUGCUCAAGGACAUCACAGGCAACUACGUCGCUUCCUUCUUGGUAGCGGGAGGUUUCGUUGUUCUCGGUACCUUGAUACUGGCCACUCUGCCGAACUAUUUCUCCUGCACAGAGCCGACGUCUCCUCAAAGAUGUUCCCUUGAUGACAAAGAGGAGGGUUUACCUCCAGAGUUGGAAAAGAUGCAUAGUUCACCUUCUGACACGAAUCGUAAAGGAGUUAAUGAUCUGACAGGUGAAGUAACCAAUAGUCGCCUACCUGAAGACACCGUCACUUAAUAUGCUGCUCCACAUGCCGCUGAAUGGCUAUGUGUUUGCUUUAUACCUCAGAGAUUCAGACCCAAAGAAGAAAGAAGCUCACUGUGAAAACGCUGUGAGUUCCUCCCUCUGUUACACAUCCUAACCUCGGUUUAAUGUUUAGGCCAGCACCGUCUGCCUAAAAGGAAACGCUCGGCAUUUAAAUGUUUUAUUUGCAACGUACAGAUGUGCAGAUGCUUUACAUGCACAGAAUGAUGGCAUGCAAGAUGUGAAUUAUUAUUAUUAUUAUUAUUAUUAUUACACGCCAUCAAGUUGCUGCAUACUUGAUAAAGAAACUAAGAAUCGUAAAACUAGUUUAUUAUAAAGUAGUUUAUCUGAAUGUAAAAUGUGACUCUGAUUGUGUUGCUACAACACCGACCAGCAUAUUAAAAUGUUGCACAUGCAUGAUUAAUCUUCACUAUCCUCAUUUGAAUUGAAUUAUUUUAACGAGGCACAGAUUACACAGCACUAUAGAUCCAUCUGAUCAGCAUUGGCUGAGUUAAAUCACUGUCUGCAUUGUGUAUGUACUUCUCCUACGGCUCCACGUGACGACACUAUUUGUAAAACGUUCCCCUUCUACAAGACGCAGCCUCGGGUAAUUAAGCCUUUUAUUGUGGCGAUUGUACAUUCCGAAAUCAAAGUAUCGUGGUUUUUACACUACUGUUGACUUUGUGGAUAUAGAUUUAUGAAUUAAAGGAACUGAAUUUCCUAAUGCUUAGCAGCACCCGUCUGUGUUACGAGCACAGCAACAGACUCCAGCAGCACUCAGGACUUGAUGGGUCGGGAUACAAGAAUCUAAUUUCACAAGUGCAUUUUUUGCUUGAUAGAAUAAUUGCUUGCAUAAACACUUUGUACUUUAUGUAAAGUGCAAAGUCCCAUUUGUAAAUCAUAGAUGAUUUGGCUUUGACAACAUCUGAGUGGCAGGUUGGCAGGACACCGACUACAGGGUCACUGUGACCUGCUGGCUACUUCUCAGUUCAAAAGCCAUGUGACUUCACUAUUCAUCGCACAGCUCCUGAACAAUGGAGCUCCUGCAAUUGUUUUAAAGGUGGAAAAUUGUCUUAACCAGCUUUUCCAGUCUGUGAUUCAAAGCUGUUUUAUUUUUUAUAUUGUACUCUUGAUUAAAAGGCAAUGUAUUUUGUUCUAAUACG